GCGGUAUUGGAGCUGUGUGUAUGUGAGGUAGAGGCAGCGAGAGCGAGAGAAGAGGGGUAGAUUUAGGAAUUCGUCUGCAGACUUGGUGCUGCGCUGUUAUAGAAAAAUGGCCUAGAAGUCCAGCUAACUGCUAACUGUUCAUUUGUGUGUGCUUCGAGCAGUGGUGAGACUCCUCCCUACAACCGAUACUCCGGAGGAGCAGCGGCAGCCGCCACAGCAGCCCCCCAGCAAACUCUGGCACCAAGCAGAGCAGGAUGGAGGCUUCGUUCGGCCCUACCUUCUCAGCCGUGGCUGCCGGAGCGAAAGCCGAAGGGUCCAGCAGCUACAAGCAGCAUAGAAGAACUCCCUCCUCCUCAAGCACUCUGACCUACUCUCCCCGGGAUGACGACGACGGAAUGCCUCCUAUUACUCCUCGGAGGUCAGAUUCCGCCAUCUCAAUCCGAUCUCUCCACUCCGAAUCCAACAUGUCUCUGCGCUCCACUUUCUCUCUACACGAAGAGGAGGAGGACACGGAGCCCCAGGUGUUUGCUGAACAGCCAUCCGUAAAGCUGUGCUGCCAGCUGUGCUGCAACGUCUUCAAGGACCCCGUCAUCACCACAUGUGGGCACACCUUCUGCAGACGAUGUGCCUUGACUUCAGACAAGUGCCCAGUGGACGCGGCUAAGCUCACGGUAGUGGUCAAUAACAUCGCGGUAGCCGAGCAGAUCGGAGAGCUGUUCAUUCACUGUAAAUACGGCUGCAGGGCCACGGCCAGCGCUGCAGGCGGGGCCGCGGCCUCCACCUCCACGGUGGCCGGGAAACCCGGAGCGUACGAGGUGGACCCGCUGGGCUGCCCGUUCACCAUCAAGCUCUCCACGCGCAAAGAACACGAGGCCAGUUGUGACUACAGGCCAGUCCGCUGCCCCAACAACCCUUCCUGCCCCCCGCUGCUCACCAUGAACCUGGAGGCUCACCUCAAAGAGUGCGAGCACAUCAAGUGUCCACACUCCAAAUAUGGCUGUACGUUCAUCGGUAACCAGGACACGUACGAAACACACCUGGAGGUGUGUAAGUUUGAGGGUCUGAAGGAGUUUCUGCAGCAGACUGAUGACAGGUUCCACGAGAUGCAGCUGACUCUGGCCCAGAAGGACCAAGAUAUAGCUUUCCUGCGCUCCAUGUUGGGCAAACUGUCUGAGAAGUUAGAUCAACUAGAGAAGAACCUGGAACUCAAAUUCGACGUGUUGGAUGAGAACCAGAGUAAACUGAGCGAGGACCUGAUGGAAUUUCGUAGAGACGCUUCCAUGCUUAACGAUGAGUUGUCCCACAUCAACGCCAGGCUCAACAUGGGAAUCCUGGGUUCAUACGACCCCCAGCAGAUCUUCAAGUGUAAGGGGACCUUCGUUGGCCACCAGGGUCCCGUUUGGUGUCUGUGUGUCUACUCCACCGGAGACCUGCUCUUCUCUGGAUCCUCGGAUAAGACGAUAAAGGUUUGGGACACCUGCACCACCUACAAGUGUCAGAAGACCCUCGAGGGUCACGAUGGCAUUGUCCUGGCGCUGUGCAUCCAAGGGAACCGGCUGUACAGUGGCUCUGCAGACUGCACCAUCAUCGUGUGGGACAUCCAGACGCUGCAGAAAGUCAACACUAUCCGUGCCCAUGACAACCCUGUGUGCACACUGGUCUCCUCCCACAACAUGUUGUUCAGCGGCUCCCUGAAGGCCAUCAAGGUGUGGGACAUCGUGGGUACGGAGCUGAAGCUGAAGAAGGAGCUGACUGGUCUCAAUCACUGGGUCAGAGCACUGGUGGCCUCCCAGAACCACCUGUACAGCGGCUCAUAUCAGACCAUCAAGAUUUGGGACAUCCGCUCUCUGGAGUGUGUUCACGUCCUGCAGACCAGCGGGGGCAGCGUCUACUCCAUCGCCGUCACCAACCACCACAUCGUCUGUGGCACCUAUGAAAACCUCAUCCACGUGUGGGACAUUGAGUCUAAAGAGCAGGUGCGGACCCUGACGGGUCACGUGGGGACAGUUUACGCUCUCGCCGUGAUCUCCACUCCAGACCAGACCAAAGUGUUCAGCGCCUCCUACGACCGCUCACUCAGGGUGUGGAGCAUGGACAACAUGAUCUGCACCCAGACCCUGCUGAGACACCAGGGCAGCGUCACGGCUCUGGCCGUCUCCAGAGGGCGCCUCUUCUCUGGAGCCGUCGACAGCACCGUUAAGGUGUGGACAUGCUAAACAAACCGUUAGUUCUGCAGGAGUCCAGUCGACUUCUUUACGAACGGUAACCUUUCCAAUUGACCCCCCCCACCCACACCCACACACCCGUUUCUUUGAUUGAGAUUUAAACGGCCGCAGACUAAUAAUAACAACCGCCACUCCGGAAACCGUUUGAGUAAUGUUGCUUUUAAAACUUCAAACGAGCCCUCCGACGGCCAACUCGAAGUCGCGCUCCUGACGGGACCUCAUCACCGGUGCAUUACGGGGCAAAAAUUUGACGAGCGGCCUUACAGUUGCACCGCACCAAAAACCAAGAUCGACUGGACGCUGCACCCGGGAAGCAGAGAGUAUUCAAAUUCUAGUCCUGCUUCCUGCGGAAACACCUGCCGUUUAAGAACUGUACUGAUGAUGCCUGAUGCUCACUGUUCAAAUAUGUCUAAAGGCUGGUUUCACAAACGGGGAGCGACACCACACUCCUUCAAAAAUCUAUACGUUAUGCAUCCCGACCACACCAGAACAAGGAAUUGGGACUAGGUUAUUUUGUGCAAAUGAGGCAGCGGAAGUUUUAUGUUAAAAUGUACAUGAAGAUUACUUUGACCUGUACUCGAGAUUUAGUCCCGAUACACAGAACAUGAAAGAGUUUAAACAGAUGUUUUUUUUUGUAUUUUCGCAAUUCCCAUGAAGAAGCACCAUCCUUCCUUUAAACAGGUAGUUUGGACUUUGCUUUGAAGUCAGGUUGUAGUCGGUAUAUUAUAUAGAUGGCCAUCGGCACGUCAUCUGUUUGGAGAAACAGACAGGAGUACUAGCACGGUAUCAAAAACAAUGUACUGCGGUGGACGGGGGCGGCAGCGAAAUGUAUUUGAAACACCUAAAUAAAAUCAAUAUCAGUUUUAAGUGUAUGUUAUGUUGGGAAUUUUUCUACCACUUUAUCUUGCUGUCAGGUGGCCUUUUCUGACGGGGAACUGAACCUCGCAGAACCUUGCGUCACUGGUCCGCCGCUGCUUCGAUUGGUCAAUCCGAAGUAACCCUCAAAUCAAAGUAUUUCCAAACGCCAUCUACUGUAGAAAUACACUGCUCAUACUACCCCACUUCCAUCCAAACUAUUCCUUUAAUGUGACACUAAAAGACCCCGGUUUCAAUCUGUUUGAUGGUUCUUAUGUGUACGUCUCUGGUCUCUGGUCUCACAAAGAGUUAAUUAUGAAUAAAGAAUGUCGUGAUGAAACAGGAUGCAUGUUUGCCAACAUUUCCUCCCUCUUUGAUCACUGUGGUCGUCACCCAGAACGCUGUGAAACCAGCCUUUUUAUAAAAAACACCUUUUAUUAAGAGAAUGACAGAUCUAUAGAUUUACUGAGUUUUAUAUUAGUGCCAUGAUAGAGCUGUAUUCAGAGCCAUUAAGGGUUGUACAGUCGUGUAAAAUAAGAUAUCGCCGCGCCUGGACACGCGCCCAUGAGAGUGACUCACACUGGCCUACAUAAGAGAGGGGGACAGGGAGAGGGAAGACGGUCCGUGUUCAUUAUUGUGUAUAUGUAAGUGUGUUUCAAUGAGUGCCAUAUGUCCGGAUGAAAACUAAGGAAAGACUAACUUUUUCUGCCUCUCCCCCACUCUCUGACCUAAAUCGGGUUAGAAUGAACAUAACCACAGAUUAAUUCUGAUUGUUUGACUGUAAUACUCGGAUUGACGCUGAAGGCAAGCCGGUGAUUGUGUGUAAUUAACCUUUUAAAGUCCCAAAAGGCAACUUAAAAGAAAGUGCUGUUGAGCUAAAGUGAAGUCCUGCUUUCCUGAAUUAUGUUUCAGGACCCAUAUUGGGUUAAAAAUAUGAAAACAGACUAAAUAUACCUGGGAGGGUAGUCUUAAGAUCAUGUACAUCCAUUUAGACACGUGGGCUAAAUUAGGUUUUUACAGAUGUUCAGAAUUCUGUUGCCUUCAUUUAAUUGCAGAACUGGCCACUACUUAAUGUAGCCUUGGUGUCUGCACUGGUCACGGUUUCAGUGAUGCCUUGUAUACUUGUAAUCAUGUAAGCCUGAGUUGAUCAUUGAUCAAUAAAACUGUUGUACACUUUCA